AUGUCCACCAUUCUCUCUUUGCAUGGAAAAUCACUCAAACUCGAUACCAAAGAAGAUAUCGCGCCCUACCUGGCAGAUGUGGACCCAGCUAUUCUGGAAGAGAUUCACUUCGGAGGAAACACGAUAGGCGUGGAGGCAUCAAAAGCCCUUGCCGAGUUUUUGAAAAAAGCGGUCUCAUUAAAGGUUGCAGACUUCGCAGACAUCUAUACCGGACGUCUCAUCUCGGAGAUCCCACAGUCUCUCUCCCUGAUCUGUGACGCGCUUAUCGACAAAACAUCACUCGUCGAAAUCAACCUUUCCGACAAUGCCUUCGGCGGACGAUCAGUAGAUCCGAUGGUACCCUUCCUCACACAAAAUCGCUCUUUCCAGAUCCUCAAGUUGAACAAUAACGGCCUGGGCCCCGCCGGCGGUAACGUCAUCGCGACUGCUCUGCGAGCCAGCGCCGAGCUCAGCGCCAAGGAGGGUAAGAAGAGCAACCUGCGGACCGUCAUCUGUGGGCGGAAUCGUUUGGAGAAUGGGAGCGCCGAGGCAUGGGCCGAGGCUUUCGCCGCGCACGGGACGCUCGUCGAUGUCCGAAUGCCACAGAAUGGUAUACGCAUGGAAGGCAUCACAGCCCUGGCCGGGGGUCUCGCGAAGAACCCCGCGCUCGAGCACCUCGACCUUCAGGACAAUACGUUCUCACAGGCUGGGGAGCAGGCGUUCGCCGAUGCUCUCCCAGGGUGGCCCUCCUUGCGGACGCUUAAUUUCUCCGACUGCGUUCUUGCGGACGAGGGCGGAGAUGUGCCACAGACCAUCGAGGCGCUGACGAAAGGCUCGAAUCCCCGACUCAAGACCCUGUUCUUGCAAAACAACAACCUGGACGCGGCCUCAGUGGAGAUGAUUGCUGAUGCGAUAGGGACUCACCUGAAAGAGCUGAGCUUCUUAGAGUUCCAAUGGAACGAAGUCGAGGAGGAUGUCGCGGGUGUGCAGACACUGGUCGACAAUUUGAAGGCACGAGGAGGAAAGUUCCUCCUCAACGAUGAGGAGGAGGAGGAAGAGGAGGAGGAAAAGGAGCCCGAACCUGAGGAGGAAGAGGCAGUGAAGUCGUUAGAAGAGAAGAAAGAAAAGGCGGCAUUCGACCAGGAGGCCGAUGACCUUGCUGACCUCUUGGGAAAAGCUUCCAUCAACUGA